CGCUGGUGUUUGAUGCGGUAACCUGCUCGUUGUCUCCGGAGGCUACAAGAACCGCUCGCGCCUCAUCCGGGUAACUGGAGCCAUCAUCACGGCCGGCGGCUCUGGGAGUCGUUUCUUUGCGUGUCUUCCAUCAACUUUCCCCUCGGUAACGAGUUGACUUCCGGCGCAGCGUGUCGUAACGGCGGCCUGCGUGGCGAGCAAAGGUCUCUUUAAAUAGAUAACGUUCCUCCGGCUGCGCGCGCGCUCUCCGCCAGUAGUCUCGUGACUUCUGCCUCGAUCCAUCAUGAACUUCCUCCUGGAGACCCUCCAAGUCAUCCUCCUCUCCAUCUGGUACAAUGUGGAGUCUUUCGUCCACCUCUUCGUGCCCAAGAGGAAGAAGAGCGUCGCCGGGGAGGUGGUGCUGAUCACGGGGUCCGGCAGCGGGAUCGGCCGCCUCAUGGCCCAGGAGUUCGCGGCCCUCGGCGCCGUGCUGGUGCUGUGGGACAUCAACCAGGACGGCAUGAAGGAGACGGCCCGGCUGGCCGAGCAGAGCGGCACCGCCGGCGUCCACCGCUACCUGUGCGACUGCAGCGACAAGAACGACGUGUACAGGGUGGCCGACCAGGUGAAGCGAGAGGUGGGCGACGUCAGCAUUCUGGUGAACAACGCCGGCAUCGUGACGGGCAAGAAGUUCAUGGACGCUCCGGAUUCCCUGAUUGAGAAGACGGUGGAGGUCAACACCAUGGCUCACUUCUGGACCUACAAGGCCUUCCUUCCGGCCAUGAUCGCCAACAAUCACGGCCAUCUGGUCAGCAUUUCCAGCUCCGCAGGACUCAUCGGAGUCAAUGGAUUGGCAGACUACUGUGCCAGUAAGUUUGCGGCGGUGGGCUUUGCGGAGUCAGUGGGUCUGGAGCUGCUGGCGACCGGGAAGGACGGCAUCAAGACCACCAUCGUGUGCCCGUACUUCAUCAACACCGGCAUGUUCGACGGCUGUCAGAGCAAGUGGCCGACGCUGCUGCCCAUCCUCGAGCCAGAGUACGUGGCCAAGAAGAUCAUCAACGCCGUGCUCACCGACCAGGUCUUCCUCCUGCUGCCCAAGAGCAUGUACCUCAUCACCGCGCUCAAAAACAUCCUGCCCAUGAAGCAGGGCCUCAUGAUGGGCCAGUACCUGGGAGCCUUCAACCUCAUGGACACGUUCAAGGGACGCGCCAAAAAACAGGAGUGAGCCAAGAGGAGGAAGAGAAGAAGUCAAGGGUGACUGAAACAGAAGGAGACAUAUUUAAACUUAAUCGUCCUGGAAUUAUAAAGAUGAGGGCCAGACAUCGGGGUCUGACGACUCCUCUUUCUUUAGUCUCUCUAUAGCUCACCAUGUAUAAUCCAUCUCUUAAUAUUCUUAUGUACCUGUUUUUAAAUGGUAUCAUCAUUUGAUGGAAAUGUUAUUCUGUUAAUAACAGUAAUUGAAUAGAACAAUAAUAGUGUUCAUUUUGAAAAAUGUCCUCUUAAACUCACUCACACACUCGGGCAUGAGGAGGUGAGACAUGUGGCCUUCAACAGCUUCACAAAGAAACUGAAAGCGGAGCUUCAAAACGAGGCGACGCGCACACAGCACCGCCCGAAGGAGGAGGAUCGGUCCCAUUGUUCUCUGUUCACGACUGGCAGAGUUACGGGGACCGGGAACCCAACGUGGUUUAACUCUUUGUCUUUGUAGUUAUUAGAAAAUACAAAGAUCCGUUUUUAUCCGUGGAAACCUCGUCUGUCUUCUCACCGCACAACCCUGAUCCGGCAGAGCGUUUUAGAAUUUGUACAGUUUUCUAUAUUUUUUUAAUGUGUUGUCAGACUAGCAGCUGAGUGCUAGCAUGAAGCUCAACGACCAUGAAGUGUACGCGACCUUGUCUUCAACGUCAAAUUCAAAUGAAUGAAAACCACCAAUGAGGAUGAUAACAACGCUGGUCCAGCUUUAUAUGACUUGAGUCGAAUGUGGAGGCGCUGGGUGGAGUAUUAAUCUGCUCCAUAUGCUGGGUGGAGUAUUAAUCUGCUCCAUAUGCUGGGUGGAGUAUUAAUCUGCUCCAUAUGCUGGGUGGAGUAAUAAUCUGCUCCAUAUGCUGGGUGGAGUAUUAAUCUGCUCCAUAUGCUGGGUGGAGUAAUAAUCUGCUCCAUAUGCUGGGUGGAGUAAUAAUCUGCUCCAUACGUUGGGUGGAGUAUUAAUCUGCUCCAUAUGCUGGGUGGAGUAAUAAUCUGCUCCAUACGCUGGGUGGCGUAUUAAUCUGCUCCAUACGUUGGGUGGAGUAUUAAUCUGCUCCAUAAACUGGGUGGAGUAUUAAUCUGCUCCAUAUGCUGGGUGGAGUAUUAAUCUGCUCCAUACGUUGGGUGGCGUAUUAAUCUGCUCCAUACGUUGGGUGGAGUAUUAAUCAGCUCCAUAUGCUGGGUGGAGUAUUAAUCUGCUCCAUACGUUGGGUGGAGUAUUAAUCUGCUCCAUAUGCUGGGUGGAGUAUUAAUCUGCUCCAUACGUUGGGUGGAGUAUUAAUCUGCUCCACACGCUGGGCGGAGUAUUAAUCUGCUCCAUACGAUGGGUGGAGUAAUAAUCUGCUCCAUAUGCUGGGUGGAGUAAUAAUCUGCUCCAUACGCUGGGCGGAGUAAUAAUCUGCUCCAUACGCUGGGCUCUCGUUAAAGAUGGUAAACAAGCUGCUGAACACGGUUCUAUAGAAGCUGGACGUUCUCUUGUAUAACGGCGUGUCAACGCGCUGACAUGAAGUAUAUUAAUAAGUGUCUUAUUAGCACGGUGGUGAAUGUCGUCAUAAUCAUGUCUGGGCGUUUUGUUUUGUUUCCUCAUUUCAGAUAAAAACAAACGGCACUUAAACUCAGGAACAGUGAAGCGAGCGGGUUAGAUACCCGAUACCUCGGAGAGUUCGGACCACUGAAAUGUAACGCGUUAGCUUACAUGUAACACGUUAGCUUGAAUGGAACACAUUAGCUUAAAUGUUACGCGUUAGCUUAAAUGUAACGCGUUAGCUUAAAUGUAACACGCUAGUUUAAAUGGAACACGUUAGCUUAAAUGGAACACGUUAGCUUAAAUGGAACACGUUAGCUUAAAUGGAACAUGUUAGCUUAAAUGUAACGCGUUAGCUUAAAUGUAACACGUUAGCUUGAAUGGAACACGUUAGCUUGAAUGGAACACGUUAGCUUGAAUGGAACACGUUAGCUUAAAUGGAACACGUUAGCUUGAAUGGAACACGUUAGCUUGAAUGGAACACGUGAGCUUGAAUGGAACACGUUAGCUUGAAUGGAACACGUGAGCUGUCCCUGGCUAGCGCUGUAGUCCCGUCGUUAGCGGGCUGUGGGUGUUCCCUGAGCUUCUCUUGAAGGACUAGCUUGAAUGUUGCCCUCACAGCGUCUUUGUUUCUCCGCCACGCAGCCUCCGCCUGUAACGGUGAUGCUAUAAAGGUUAUAAUAUAUAUAUAUAUAUAUAUUUAUGCGUACAUAAACUGUGUUUUAAUUCACGUAUCUAGAGGCACAUGUGAAGGUUUGAGUGUAAACUGGAACUGUUCGAUAUUUCUGAAGAAUAAAUUCAUAUUUCAAAUGUUU